CCAUAUCUUGCAUCCAGGUGGCAGCACCCGCCUCUUUCUUCAAUUCUCGUCUAAUCACUCUGCUUGCGUCUGUCGUUCCCACGCUUGCUUUGCUAUUGCUCUCGUUUAUAUCGAUACCCCUGUUUUCCUUGUAAAUAUUCUUUUGAUUUAUCUGUGUAUAUUGUCUUUCUGCCAGCGACGUCCCCAGGCUUCGCAAAAAUUCACCGUUAGCGACGACGAAACGAACCUACUCCCGACGUUGGUCCAUGAAUAUCGCCUGACUCGACGGCAUUCGAAGAUUGUGUACUAUGAAUGAGCGAUAGAUAUUGUAGUCAACGGACAGAUAUUUGGGCCGGGCAAGAAUAGCGUGCACGAAAUGACAGGAGGAGAUCAGCCUGCGAAACCAGCCGGCCAAGAGACGAGCGAUUCUCGUCGACCGUCGACAAAUGACGACGAAAUAAUCCCAGUCGGCCACCAGGCAGGUGCGCCGAGGCGAGUGUUAAGCUUACCAUCAGAGGGUGCUGCCGAUGCAGCAGCCAUCGACCGAUCAACUCAUGCUCGAGUGCGGUUUUCAUCCGAUCUAGAUCACGUUUACGACAGCAGAUAUGCGCCCAGCCAAACCCCAGCCGUCCCAGUCAUCCCAGCAACUACGGAAAAGCGACAUGGCACGCCGGGGCUCACAAUCAAUACAGCCGUUGCCGCCUCCCAUAACCCCGUCUCGUCAGGUAAUCCGAGUAGUGAUGCGAAAUCAAUAUCGCCAAUCUCGCCUCCUUCGCCGCAAUCGCGAACCCGGAAUCGCGGCUACUCGCUUCGACGAAGUCUCUUCACAAAGACCAUCCAGACUCAAACCACCCCGGACACGGAACAAAGUAUCGAGCUCGAAGUGCGGCCAGACAUAAAGUCGUCGGCCACGCAGGAGAAGAUUGCGGUUACACAGCAUGAAUUACAGCCUUCCAUGCAGCGGAUCCGAACGCUGGACUCGGAUUCGCAGGAUGAUUGGAUGUCCGUGGCGUAUUCAGAUUCAACACCCCUGAAAUAUACUGCGUCGUUGAUCGCUGGUCAGAAUUGGCUGCUUUCAACAGCUACAAACUCUAAAGCCUGUGUACGUUUUAUGCAGUGGAAAGAAACGAUACGAAAGACCGUAUUCCGGAUUAAAGAAAUCCCUCCAACAAAAGAUGGCCGUCAUAUAGAGCUCAAUGUGAGCUGUGUUGAUGCGCUCAUCGACGAGAGGACUGGUAAACCGUAUGUCGACAAUUCUAUUCGCUCGAGUCGAUAUAGCCUCUGGAGUUUCUUCCCCAAACAGCUGGUUGCGCAGUUUUCCAAGGUGGCCAACUUUUACUUUCUUGUUGUGUCAAUCCUUCAAAUGAUUCCUGGACUGAGCACGACGGGAACUUUCACGACUUUAAUUCCUCUUAUGAUUUUUGUUGGUAUUUCUAUGGGUAAAGAAGGUUUUGAUGAUUUACGUCGAUAUCGAUUAGAUAAAGAAGAAAACAACCGAUAUGUGCAUGUGUUACGACCGGAUGGGAGACAAGAACAGGACCCAAAAGCAGGUUCAAAGGACGGUGCUUCUGUCAUGGCCAAUGAUGAGAAUUGGGUGGCAGUCAAAUGGCAGGGUAUUCGAGUUGGUGAUGUGAUCCGACUCAAGCGCAACGAACCAGUCCCCGCCGAUGUUGUUUUACUGCACGCACAUGGACAGGAUGGGAUUGCUCAUAUCGAAACUAUGGCUCUCGAUGGCGAGACGAACCUCAAAACGAAGCAGGCUUGUCGGACCGUAGCCGCGGUUAGCUCGACCCCUGAAGAAAUUAUUGCACGACAGCAUCCGGUCCGUUUCACGGUCGAGGACCCUAAUAUCGAUCUAUACAAAUUCGAUGGCAAUGCAACAGUUGGGGAGGACAUGUUACCAUUAACUAAUAACGAAAUCGUCUACAGAGGUAGCAUAUUACGAAACACUAAGCAAGUAUAUGCAAUGGUCAUUUACACGGGCGAAGAGUGCAAAAUCCGCAUGAAUGCGAACAAGAACCCUCGCAUCAAAAAGCCUGCCCUGCAGACCGUGGUGAACUAUGUAGUCAUCAUCAUUGUCAGCAUGGUGAUCCUCAUUGCGAUGAUUUGCACAAUUGCUUACAGAUUCUGGAGCAAACAUUACGAGCCUGGCGCAUGGUAUUUGAAGCAUGCGCAUGUACCAAUUGGUCCGGUUUUCACAUCAUUCUUAAUCAUGUUCAACACCUUGAUUCCUAUCUCUCUUUAUGUCAGUAUGGAAAUUGUCAAGGUGGCUCAGAUGCUGUUAUUGAAUGAUAUUGAUAUGUACGACGAGGAGUCUGAUACUCCUCUGGAAGCGCGGACAUCCACCAUUAAUGAAGAACUUGGUCAGAUCAGCUACAUUUUCUCAGACAAGACAGGAACAUUGACCAACAAUACUAUGAAAUUUCGAAUGAUGAGCGUUGCUGGCACAGCCUGGUUGCACGAUAUCGACCUUCGCGAAGAGGCUGCCCGUGAAGGCGAUAAGCAUCGAUUGAUCCACAAGAAACGCAGUAUUAAAGGCAAGAAGGCAAUGCACCGCAAAUCAGGCGUGGAAAGCGUCCGGGCUUCAUCUGUACGAAUGUCAAUGGCAUCUGCUCUUCACGAUCAACCUACUCGCUCAAAGUCAUUUAAGCAAGGAAGGGCGUUUCACGGAGGCAACACUGAGCAAAUGCUGGAAUACAUUCAACGAAAACCUUACACUGUAUUUGCCCGAAAAGCCAAGUUUUUCAUUUUAUCACUAGCUCUUUGCCACGCCUGUAUCCCGGAACGCGAUGAAUCGGGCGAGGUCUCUUUUCAAGCUGCAUCGCCGGAUGAAUUGGCGUUGGUGACGGCAGCCCAACAGCUAGGGUAUUUGGUCAUGGACCGACAGCCCAAUACCUUGACUGUGCGGACAUACCCGUCCGGACUGGAUGAUGAUCCACUGGAUGAGGUCUACGAGAUUCUGGACGUCAUUGAAUUCACUAGCUCGCGGAAGAGAAUGUCUGUGGUUGUCAGGAUGCCUGAUCAACGCAUUUGCCUCUUCUGCAAGGGAGCGGAUACAACAAUAAUGAAGCUUCUUCGUCAAGCUGGGAUCGCUCAGGAAAAAGCCACUGAGAUUGAGAGACGCGCAAGCAAACGAAAGACGGAAGAAGCCUUUGAAGCUAUCAGACGAAAUAGCGAGCACCAUAGUCCUAUAUCUGUGCGACGCCCAAGUCUUGUGCAGAGACGGUCUAGUGUUAGGUCUGUGAACCGAAAUUCGUUGCGUCGAAGCGUCGACAUUUGGCUCAAAGACCGCGAAACAGACGGCGGAAGACUGAACAGAGAUAAUGACAGCGACCAUUAUAGUCCUCGUCCAUCUACUCACUUCAAUCGCAACUCGAUGGCUUUCUCCGACGGUCGACCGUCUUUCCAGGAAGAUGACGACGCGUAUUUGGUUGACGAAAGUCUCGUCGUUGACGACCAUGCCAUUUUUGAGAGAUGUUUCCAGCAUUUGAAUGACUUUGCCACGGAAGGGUUACGUACGCUGAUGUAUGCGUCGCGGUUUAUUGAGGAGUCGACUUACCAGGAAUGGAAGCAAGCGUAUCAGGAAGCAACGACUAGCUUGGUCGAUAGACAGGAGAAGACUGAAAAGAUUGGAGAAGAGAUUGAGACGCAGCUUGACCUGAUCGGAGCCACUGCUAUUGAAGACAAACUCCAGAAAGGAGUGCCAGAGGCGAUUGACAAAUUAAGGCGUGCCAACAUCAAGCUGUGGAUGCUCACGGGCGACAAACGCGAGACUGCGAUCAACAUCGGUCAUUCAUGUCGUCUAGUCAAAGAUUACUCUGAAGUCGUUAUUCUAGACCAGGAAGCUGGAAAUGUGGGGAGGACGAUUGUCAACUUGAUUGCAAGCAUCCGAAAAGGCAAGAUUGCCCAUUCGGUGCUGGUAGUCGAUGGCCAGACGUUGUCGAUGAUUGAAACGGACGAGAUCUUGAUGGCUCGUUUCUUCAAAUUAGCAAUCAUGGUCGAUUCGGUGAUUUGCUGUCGAGCCAGCCCGAAACAAAAGGCAUUCCUCGUGCGAUCUGUGCGAAAGCAGGUCAUGGACGCAAUCACACUUGCUAUUGGUGACGGUGCCAAUGAUAUUGCGAUGAUCCAAGAAGCACACGUUGGUAUUGGUAUCACGGGCAAGGAAGGGUUGCAAGCUGCAAGAAUAUCUGACUACUCUAUCGCCCAAUUCCGAUUUUUGCUCAAGUUACUUCUUGUUCACGGCCGUUGGAACUACAUCCGAAUCUGCAAGUAUACCCUUGGAACAUUUUGGAAGGAGACCUUGUUCUACCUCACCCAAGCUCUUUAUCAGCGGUACAAUGGGUAUACUGGGACUAGUUUGUACGAGAAUUGGUCGCUGAGUAUGUUCAAUACACUGUUUACAUCUUUGGCGGUGAUUUUCUUGGGUAUUUUUGAGAAGGAUCUUGCAGCGUCGACAUUGCUGGCUGUUCCUGAGCUUUAUACUAAAGGUCAACGCAAUGGGGCAUUUAGUAUACGAAUCUAUCUAGGAUGGGUAUCAAUGGCUGUCAUCGAAUCGCUCGUCAUCUUCUUCACCAUGUACAGCCUCUUCGGACAAUCGCUGAUGGGGGUAGACAACACCAUCUUCCCGAUGGGUCUACUAACAUUCACCGCAUGCGUCACAGUGAUCAAUCUCAAACUCCAAUUCCUCGAAAUCCACAACAAAACCAUUCUCUCCGGCAUCGUACUAUUCCUUUCCAUCGGCGGGUGGUUCCUCUGGAACAUGAUCCUAUCCACACGCUACAACGACGCGAAAUCUGGCAAGAGCAUCUACGACGUCCAGGGAAAUUUCCUCACCCGCAUCGGCCGCAGCCUCGACUUCUGGGCUGUUCUGUUCCUCAUCGUCGCCUCUGUGCUUCUCUUCGAAACCAUGGUGAGCACGAUCCGCGCGAUCCUGUUCCCAAACGACGUCGACAUUUUCCAAGAACUCGAAAAGGACCCGGCCAUCAAACGCCGCUUUGAGGAAGCUGCCGCAUCCGAGCUACAGCAAGGCUGGGAUCGCGGGAAGAAGCAAUCCAGCUUUGAGCUUGAGCGCGAAGAAGCGGAGGAGUCCGCGCGCGAGAAGGAGGUUCAUGACUACUUGAACCGGCGACGAGAUCAGAAGCCGGAUGUGACAGGGGAAGAGGAUGGAACCGAUAUACAAGAUACCAUGGUUAUGAGAACAAACAAUGACGACGCGACUGAUGAGGAGAUGGGCAUGAUCAGUCCUGGUGGCUCGCGGCGCAAGUCUCACGAUAUUCACGAAUUAUUUAGCAAGGGGUUUGGGUCGAUUAAGAAGGGGCAUUUGUAGUAUAUACCAUGAUAUCCUUUACGUAUAUAGAGCAUAAUUAGAUUUUCUUACUCUCUUA